AUGUCUUCCACAUCCGCACCAAAGUCGAGCCUCGCCUCGGACACGACGCCCAACCAGGGUGGCAACGACACCAAGCCGAAGAUGUUCGACAAGGAGGGCGCUAUUGGCCAUCAAUUCACAGAGAAGGGCAUGAUGGGCGGAACAGCGCAGAUGAUGGGUGGUCCUUUUGACAAGGAGGGUAUGAUUGGCAAGCAGUUCACAGCGGAGGGUUCUAUUGGCGGUACUGCUCAAAACAUGAUGGGUGGUCAGAAGCCUGCGUAA